AUGACUGAAGAACAAGCCUAUUACAAAAAUGGGUUUCAAGACUCCAUCGCUGAUACCCAUUCAUGGAGAACUGUUGAGAAUUCAUCAAAAUUUACACUCUCUGUUUUACAACCAGAUUUCAAAGUUUUGGAUGUGGGAAGUGGACCAGGAACAAUUACAGUUGAUUUUGCCAAAAACUAUUUAACUGGGAAAGAUGGCUUCAUAAUUGGAAUUGAACCAACGCAAGAAUUAAUUGAUAGGUCAAACUCAUAUAAAGAAGAGGUUGCACCUGAGUUAACAAAUAUUCAGUUUCAAAUAGGUUCAGUCUACAAAAUUCCCUUUGAUGAUAACACUUUUGACUUGGUGCAUGCGCAUCAAGUUAUCCUUCAUUUGCAUGACCCCAUUUUGGCCUUGCAAGAAUUGAAGAGAGUCACCAAACCAGGCGGUUAUGUUUGUGUCAAAGACGUUGAUAUUGAAUCAGCAAUUGUCACACCAGAAAAAUAUGAAGUUCUUAAACAGUUUCGACUUUUGAAAGCACAAGCAUCAAAGUCAACGGAUGUUCGUGCUGGUCGCAAACUAAGAGAAAAAGCUCUAAAGGCAGGUUACGAACCUACGAAUAUUGUAACAUCCAUGUCAUACUGGUUGAUUGGUGAUGAUCCAAAAAUGAAACAAUCACGUGCAGCAUUGACAAAGAAUAGGGUGGAAAAUGGUGGUGAGGAUGUUUUUCCUAAUGAUGAAGUGAAGAAUCUGUCGGCAAAAAAAAUGACACUUGAAUUAAUAGACGAAUGGGAACAGGAUGACAGUGCCAUGUUUGCAGUGACAAACUUUGAAAUCAUAUAUACUAAACCAACGUGA